AGUAGGAUGAGCAAGUGCUAAUAUUAUUCUUUGUGAAUAUUUAUGUAUAUCAGUAAAAAUGGCAGGAAAUUUUGGAAUGCAACAGCUAAUACCCAUUGUAAACAAAUUGCAAGAUGCAUUUGUCCAAAUGGGUGUGAAUAUGUCAUUAGAUCUUCCACAAAUUGCGGUAGUGGGUGGUCAAUCCGCAGGAAAAAGUUCGGUAUUAGAAAAUUUUGUUGGCAGAGAUUUUCUGCCACGAGGAUCUGGCAUUGUCACUCGGAGACCUUUAAUUCUUCAGCUUAUUCAUGGAAAUGCAGAAUAUGCUGAAUUUCUCCAUUGCAAAGGCAAGAAGUUCACCGACUUUGCAGAAGUGCGUGGUGAAAUUGAAGCAGAGACAGACCGUAUCACAGGAUCCAACAAGGGUAUUUCACCAAUACCCAUCAACUUACGUGUAUACUCACCCAAUGUUCUGAACCUGACGCUGAUCGACCUGCCCGGACUGACCAAGGUGCCCAUCGGCGACCAGCCCGUGGACAUCGAGCAGCAGAUCAGGAACAUGCUGCUGCAGUUCAUCAAACGGGAGUCAUGCCUCAUCCUCGCAGUGACCCCCGCCAACACCGAUUUGGCCAACAGCGAUGCCCUCAAACUUGCCAAAGAGGUCGACCCGCAAGGUCUGCGAACCAUCGGCGUGAUCACAAAGCUGGAUCUGAUGGACGAAGGAACGGACGCGCGAGACGUGCUCGAGAAUAAGCUGCUGCCACUCCGACGAGGAUACAUCGGCGUCGUCAACCGAUCGCAGAAGGACAUCGACGGACGUAAGGACAUAUCAGCCGCGCUCGCCGCUGAAAGGAAAUUCUUCCUCAGCCAUCCGUCAUACCGUCACAUCGCAGACCGGCUCGGGACCCCGUAUCUUCAGCGGGUGCUGAACCAGCAGCUCACCAACCACAUCCGUGACACGCUGCCUGGCCUGCGCGACAAGCUACAGAAGCAGCUACUGACCCUGGAAAAGGAUGUCGACCAGUACAAGCACUUCCGACCCGACGACCCCUCCAUCAAGACCAAAGCUAUGCUGCAAAUGAUCCAGCAACUUCAGACGGAUUUCGAGAGGACCAUCGAAGGUUCUGGAUCAGCGCAGAUCAACACCAACGAGUUGUCCGGCGGUGCCAAGAUCAACCGGCUCUUCCACGAACGGUUCCCUUUCGAGAUCGUCAAAAUGGAGUUUGAUGAGAAAGAGCUCAGAAGGGAGAUAGCCUUUGCUAUUAGGAACAUUCACGGUAUCAGGGUUGGUCUAUUCACUCCCGACAUGGCGUUUGAGGCCAUCGUAAAGAAGCAGAUAUCACGUCUGAAGGAGCCCUCACUCAAAUGCGUUGAUCUUGUCGUUCUGGAGCUUUCGAAUGUGGUCCGCGUUUGUACGGAGAGGAUGUCCCGCUACCCACGGCUGCGCGAGGAGACUGAACGUAUAAUAAUGUCGCACGUCCGGUCGCGGGAGCAGCAGUGCAAGGAACAGCUGGUACUGCUGAUAGACUGCGAGCUGGCCUACAUGAACACCAACCACGAGGACUUCAUCGGGUUCGCCAAUGCACAAAAUCAGUCGGAAAAUGCAGCUAAGUCAGGCCAAAGAUCACUCGGUAACCAAGUGAUUAGAAAAGGAUACAUGUGCAUACAUAAUUUGGGAAUAAUGAAAGGAGGUUCCCGCGACUACUGGUUCGUGCUGACGUCGGAGAGCAUCUCGUGGUUCAAGGACGAGGAGGAGCGCGAGAAGAAGUACAUGCUCCCGCUGGACGGGCUCAAGCUGCGGGAUCUGGAGCAGGGAUUCAUGUCGCGCCGGCACAUGUUCGCGCUCUUCAACCCCGAGGGCAGGAACGUAUACAAGGAUUACAAGCAGCUGGAAUUGUCUUGCGAAAAUCAGGAUGACGUGGACUCCUGGAAGGCCUCUUUCCUCAGAGCUGGUGUGUACCCGGAGAAGACAUCUGAAGCAUCGAACGGCGAUGAGUUCUUACUGCCUUUCCUGAGGUUAGAUGGAAGUAAAAAAAGUUCAGAUUCAUCUGGCACGAGCAGCAUGGACCCUCAAUUGGAGCGGCAGGUGGAGACGAUCCGCAACCUGGUGGACUCGUACAUGCGCAUCGUCACCAAGACGACGCGUGAUCUGGUCCCCAAGACAAUCAUGAUGAUGAUCAUCAACAAUGCCAAAGAUUUUAUCAACGGAGAACUGUUAGCUCAUUUGUAUGCGUCGGGUGAUCAGUCGCAAAUGAUGGAAGAGUCGCCAGAGGAGGCGCAGAAGCGGGAAGAAAUGUUGCGGAUGUACCACGCGUGCAAGGAGGCGCUGCGCAUCAUCGGCGACGUGUCCAUGGCGACCGUCAGCACGCCGGUGCCGCCGCCCGUCAAGAACGACUGGCUCGAGAGCCGGCUGGACGCCAACCCGCGUCUGUCGCCGCCCUCGCCCGGCGGCCCUCGUCGCCAGGCGCCCCCGCAGCAGAGUGCCCUGGGCCAGCGAGGCGCCCCGCCCCCGCCGGCCGGCGCCGGCCGCCCCGCCCCGCCGCUGCCCUCGCGACCCGGCCCCGGCCCCGCGCCCGCCGCCCGCCCCGCGCCCGGCGCCCUGCCCGCGCCGCUCAUACCCACACGGCGCUAACCUUGCGGAUACGAACUGUGCAGCUAAGGUACUAGCUCCUGCCUACUUGUUAACUUAAUACAUUUGAUUUGACCGACCCGAAUCCUAUACAGGAUGUCCCACGGCUGUGCCACAUGGAGGGUUAUAUCCCCAACUGAAAUAUUGGAAACUAAACAUUUUACUGAAAGAAAACCUUAUUUUAAUUUAAAAAAACAUUAACCAUCCAUAACCGGCAAGUGCCCCCGCGUCGCGGUAUGUCAUUGAUUGGCGCGAAUUUGGCGAACGCGCGCAGCGGCCUGUCAAUGCGAAUUAUUUGACGUGUAUUAAAAUAGAUUGCUUAUAAUUAGGAUGAUAUGAGAGAAUGUAUAAAAAAGCUAUUGAAUCAAGCUAUAAGACCAUGCAAAAUAAACUAUCUUAUAAACAAAAUAAAGGUCAGAACUUUGUCAGGGCGAAGUGUGCCGUUCGGCACUUAAAACUACACUACAGGCACUUGUAUAUGAAAGAUCUAGUGUCGAAGGGCAUUUCCCGAUUUUGGAAGGCGUUCAUAGAUUUUUAAAUAACUGCCUGGAUUUACUGGGAAUCGAAUAUAAUAAUUUCAGUUGUAUAUCCUUACGACAAUGUCAGCUUUUCAUUUUUGUGAACAAAUACUUACAUCAAAUAUUAUAAUUUAUGGUCUUCCUUUUAUGUCUUAUGCUAUGUUAUGUAGCAAAAAAAUAAACCUUACGAUGAAGCCUUUCGAUCCGUAUGAUAAGGCUACAGGGUAUUUUUCCUCGUGUAGCGGGUUCGAUUCCCGGUUCAAUCAGGUAAUUAUUUAAAAAUCUAUGAAUGUAGUUUAAAUUGUUUUUUUUUUUAAUUCAAUUAAAGUCUUCUUGCAGUUAAAUGCUAUGUCUGCAAUAUUAAAAUUACUUCCCCCCCCAUGUGGCAUAGCCGUGGGACACUCUGUAUAACAUAAACGUAUAUUUUUUUAAUUUGCAUACGCGACCAAGGUUUAAAUAAAGAGAAUUCCAUAGAAUAUAUUUUCUCGUCGAUGUUAAAUGCGUCUAUAAUUAUUAUGAUAUGAAUAAUGCUAUUAUUAAGUUGUUAUUGGAAUAUUUUGUGUGUAUCUAAAUGAAUUAUGUUAUAUUUAAUUGUCAAUCAACAAUUGUAAUAAGUUAACAGUAUUCUAACAAAGAUAAUAUAUUAUAUAUAAUUAUACAUAUGUUACAUAUUAUUAUUAUUAGAAAUACUAAAUGUGAAAACUUAUGAAAUGUCUGAAACAAUAUUGCUUCCAAAGAUUAUUCAAUACUAUAUUAUAUUAGUAUGUUUUGUAGGAGGUUGUAGUAAACACUUCUUAAAUCUCACGUGGACAGCUAAAUAACUAAUGAUUAUUGUUUGAAUAUUCUUUCAGUGUAUAUUUUUGAAUAGAUAAUUGCUUUAAAGAUGGCGGAUGUUAUAUAUCCAUCUCACUCGCACGUUGCUAGAGAAGAAUAGUGUGCGAAUGAGAUGCGUGUAAGCACCGCAACCUAUAAUUUGUUUCAAUAAUGCAGUGUUAAUAUUAUAGUGGACAGCAGAGUUUUGGUUGUGUUUUCGAGCUAUGAAACUAUCCAGAGUGUGAUUUAUAAGCAAUAUUUCGAUAUUAGGUGUCUCUAUACAGUUUAAAAGUUUCCAAUGCUAACUAUAUAAUAAUACAUUGUACAUUGACGUACUAUAAACAGCUAGACUCCCAAUUGCCUAUUAAAAGUUCGUCAAAAUGUCCGAGCGGCGUAGUAUAUACGUAUACAUUAACUUAUACAGAUAACAUUAAAUUAACACCUUAUUUCGCGGCACUAAUGUUCAAAGUCUAUUGUAUACGCCCAUAAGAAACUCAUUGAUUAUGGUGCGAAAGAAACGGACGCGAACACGACGCAAGAACAAUUUUGUUUUAGUAAUUAUUGAAAUGUAAGUAUUUAGCAAAAUUAUGAAAAUCGUCGAGUUAGUUACAUAAUUUUGUUAAUUUAAAGAGCGCGUUUAUCAAAAAUACGGUAUAUGGACAGUUUUUCACUGAACACUUUGUCAUUGCGUGGCGCUGUAUCCAAAGCGCGGACGAAGCACAACUGAGCGAAAACUCUGUCUUUUUAGACAGAGCGACUUAUAAGACGCGUAAGCAGACUUUUGCUGCAGACAAUGAGCUGAUUGUGAGUCUAGUUGUUUAUUGUACUUCAACGACAAUAUAGUAGGUACAAUUUUAUUUAAUAAACUAUUUUGUAUUAUUAUGUCGUAUACAGAGCACUGCAUGUAAUAACUAACUAGUGUGUGGUCUUCACAAAAUUUAUUUCUAUUUUUUUUCUUACACUGCUAAUAAAGCAUAAUGUAAUUGUAAUGUUAUCACAGUUGCCCUGUAAGAAUUUCGCUUACUUGGCUUUUUUGUGUUUAAUUAUGGCCGUUACAUAACCUGAAUUACUUACAGAGAAGCUGUGAAAGUUUAUAUUUUUUUUUCUUAAAUGUACUCCCAUCGACUUUAUAACCUGUAGACGCUUAAUAAAGAGUGCACACCUUCCGGUAACAUAUUACCUGACCAAUUACGAUGCGCUCCCGCUUACGUCAGUUGUAUUACUGAAUUGUUUGCAUUGUGAAUAUAUACCUAUAUAUUUAAUACCUAUUGAGAGUCUACUGGGUUGUAGGGUCGUUGAUCAAUACCCUAGUUUCUAAGUGUAUCAAGUCAGAAAUAGGUUCUUAUGUGGACCUGUCCCCGUACAAAGAAUUAUUUAUAACGAGAGUCAGCUUAAGCCCUCCCUUUUCUUUCUGUAUAGAAAAACAAAGCGUGCUAGAGAGAAUACAUAGAUUAUUUCAAAAAAACUUUUUGUUGGUUAUUCAACUAUUGUUAAUUGGCACGGAAAUAUCUUAUUUUAAACACUUUAAUAUUGAAACAGCAAUUUGUCAUUUAUUCAUACAUGAAUUUCGUAAGAUUUUAGACUUGCUACACUUUGGAACAUAUGGAUCGACUUCACUUUGGUUAUUUGCAAUAUUUAAUAAUUAUUAAAAUGUCAAUUAUUGGUUGAUAAUGUCAUUGAUUAAGGCAAAUACCCGAACUUGUUAUGGCUGACCUAUCGAACACAAUAAACAACUUCGUAAUGCUUGGCUCUCGUGGCACACCAUGGUGCGGCAAGUAUAGCCAAAACUACUUGCGCGACCGUCCUAUGGGGUGACAGACGUUGGCGGAAACUGGGUACUAAAGAUGUCAGCGGGUAGUGGGUGGUGGUGCGGGGAAGAGUUACGUGUGAGACUGUAGUUAGUGGCCCGGCCCACUACCGUCUGUCGCACCGGGGGACGGUUGCGCACGAAGUUGUCGGAUGGACAGUAAUAGGACAGGAACCAGUUACUCCAACUUUAAAUUACUUCCUGUCCCCUACUCUGUCAUUUAAUUCUGUAGUGCCAAAGGUAAGAUAGAGUCAUAACGUUUUAAAUUUGGAAUAACUUCGAGUUUAUUAAUAAUAUCCCCCGUGUGUAUUUCAGCUUACGUAUUCCACCAUCAAUUCUGAAAAGCGUUGUUUAGGGUCUGUAAAUAUAAAUCUUCUCUCCAUUUGAAGUUACCUGCUUUCUCUGUACAGUUACAUAGUUGCGCAUUGCAACACUUUUAAAUUGACAUAUUAAAUAUUGAUAUGGGUACUCUUUUUGCAAAUAGCCACCUAAAUUACCAUAUUAUAAUCUGUCAAAGAUACGUCAGUGAAAAAAGUAUCAAAUGUA